AUGGAUUACGAAUCGUCUUAUGGCAAGGUUCACCCAAAUGAUACUAUCUUGAAACUCCAAAGAACGACGCCUUACUACAAGAGAAAUCGAGCACAUGUUUGCAGUUUCUAUGUUCGAGGUCGAUGUACAAAAGGGCCAGAGUGUCCUUACAGGCAUGAGAUGCCCGAGGAGGAUUUCUUUAGCGCCGGGAUCGAGACAUCCUCGGCGACGAUAGAUUGGGCUAUGGCGGAAAUGCUAAGGAACCCGAUAGUCCUUAACAAGGCACAAGAUGAGGUGAGACGCGUAUUCGACAAAAAGGGAUUUGUCGACGAGUCAGACUUCGAUCAACUAACGCACCUAGGAAUGGUAAUCAAAGAGACGCUACAAAUACAUCCCCUGGCGCCGCUAUUGCUUCUGCGACAAAGCCGCGAGCGUUGCGAAAUCAACGGCUACGAUAUACCCGUAAAAAGUCGAGUUAUUGUGAAUGCGUGGGUGAUGGGAAGAGACCCGAAGAGUUGGAAAGAUCCCGACAUUUUUAGCCCCGAGAGAUACCUUGGCAACCCCGUCAAUUACAAGGGGAAGAACUUCGAACUCUUACCGUUUGGCGGCGGCCAGAGAAUCUGCCCGAGAAUGACGUUCGGGCUGGCGAACGUCGAGCUCCUGUUGGCGAUGUUUCUCUAUCACUUUGAUUGGAUUCUGCCCAACGGAAUUAAGCCAGAAAAUGUCGACAUGGUCGAGACAUUUGGGAUUACCGCGAGAAGAAAGAACCCAUUACGUGUGAUUCCUACCGUUAAGAAUCCUUUGCCUAAACUAGUGUAA